CGAGUGCCUGCUAUGGCGUCCUCGCUAAAGGCCUGGGCCCUGCUCCUGCUGUGCCUGCAGUACAGCCUCCCUGCACACAGCGCCUCCAGGCGCCAGUUCAUGGAUCACCAUCACCUAAGUACAAACAAAGACUUCACGGCCUACGGAUGUGAUGCCCUCAUGACAGACAGAGCUCUGAAGCCGAAGCGCUCACACGAGUUUGUUUAUAUAUCAUGGUACAAAGUUGAGCAUAUGUGUAUUAGUGGCAACUGGAAAGAUCGCUACAAGAACUCAUACGUUUGGGCUCAGACUCCCAUUAAGGUGCUCAAGUGCCACUGGGAGAACUUCAGAAACAGGUACGUAGAGAAAAGAAGCCACAACUACAUUCAGUUCCACUGUGAUGAGCAUGGAUACGUCGACAGCAUAGAGGACAUGAAGAUUCUGGAGCCCAUUUCCUCCUAG